AUGGCUUCCCGCAUCGUUCUCGCGUCCACCCCCAUUGCCCGUGGCGCCUUCGUCAUCGGCAGACAGACUGCUGUCCUCGAGCGCGGCUUCAGAAUCUCGACGACGGCCAAGGCCGGCUUGAAGGAGUCUGCGGCACACGACGACAACGGGGCGUACGAGAAGCACAAGCAGGACUCUCUCUCCAAGCAGAAGCAGGGCAAGGGCCACUGGAAGUCGGAGCUCGCCUCGGACAGCGAGGAGGCCGUCAAGGCGGACCGCCACGAAGAUUCCGACCCCAAGACGAUGCAGGAAAAGACCAAGGGCCACGCCGAGGAGAAAGCCAAGGCCGGGACGAGCAUGAGUGACACUCACUAA